AUGCACACGAAAUCAGACUCAGAGGUCACCAGCAACAGCAUGGACCAGUCAUCGACGUCGCCGACGCGGUCUCCUCCCCGCCGUCCACUGUACUACGUUCAAAGCCCUUCAAAUCACGACGUUGAGAAAAUGUCUUACGGUUCGAGCCCUCUCGCUUCCCCUCACCACCAUUUCCAUUACUACCUCUCUUCCCCCAUUCACCACUCUCGCGAAUCCUCCACCUCUCGCUUCUCCGCUUCCCUCAAAAACCCCCGUCAUUUCUCCUCCUCCUGGAAGAAACUCCACCCCCACCCCGACGACGGCGUUCACCAUGACGACGACGACGAUGACGAGGACGCGCUUCACGACUCCAGUCGCAACGUCCGUUUGUACUUGUGCUUCUUCCUUCUCUUCGUUCUGCUUUUCACUCUCUUCUCUUUCAUUCUCUGGGGCGCCAGCAAGAGCUACAAGCCUCGAGUCAUAGUCAAGAGUAUAGUGUUUGAAAACUUAAAUGUACAAUCGGGGAACGAUGGAAGCGGAGUGGCAACAGAUAUGUUGUCGUUGAACUCAACGGUGAGAAUUUUGUACAGGAACACUGCCACGUUCUUUGGCGUUCACGUCACUUGUACCCCUCUUGAGCUUAGCUAUUACCAGCUUGCACUGGCCUCUGGGCAGAUGCAGGAGUUCUAUGAGUCGAGGAAGAGUCAGCGGAAGUUAGCGGUGGUAGUGUUAGGACACCAGGUUCCACUCUAUGGUGGGGUGUCAGUUCUUGGGAAUACUAAAGAGUAUAUGGAUAGUGUUGCAUUGCCACUGAACCUGACAUUUGCAGUGAGAUCAAGGGCUUUCAUCUUGGGAAGAUUGGUUAAAUCCAAAUUCUAUCGAAGAAUUAGAUGUUCUGUCACUUUGCAUGGCAACAAACUUGGAAAACGACUUAAUUUGACGGAUUCUUGUGUCUACAAAUGA